AUGCUGCCCUGGAGUGUAACGUCCAGUGCUAUGCUGGCUGGCUGGAAAGUUUGUCGGUUGGUUUGCUGGCCAGUUCGUCGGCCGACGCUGGCCAGUGUUCCCACCACGAAGCACAGCAAUUGUGACGAGGAUCCUAUAAUGGAUUCUAGGAAUCCGAUGAAGUUAGGGGGUGGAGCGAUUCUUGCGUACCCACGUUACACAUUUUCGAUAAUAAAACGAUGUGACUACGGCUACGACGAUGACGAUGACGAUGACGACGACAUCUGCGUGUGCGUGCAUUUACGGGGCUCGUAUAGUUGUAGCGUAUCGGAAUGUAAUAUGCAUUCGAAUUCACAUGUACACGGGACAGCGCCGUAG